AUGCUGUCUGACAAAAAAUUCCAGAAGCUCCGAAGAGGCACCAAAGGCCUUCUCAUUACUAGAGGUACCAUCUCCGUACUGCAUGCUCCCAGAGAAACGAGAGGACAGCAGCGGCAUUCAAGUCAUAGACAACUCUCUUCCCUGGCAGAGAGACAGUGCGAAGGUGCUGGUAACAUUUACUGGAGCCACACUGGUUCCCAAACACUGCAGCGUGAAGGUGCAAGAGCUGAGGAUCUAGGCCACCGCCCUCCACUCCCAAUUUCCGUCCCACAUCCAAGCCCCAGGUACAAAGCCUUUACGUCAUCACUCCGCGCCAACCCCUGGACGUACCCCCAACCCUCGUUACCCUCCCCCUACCAGCCGCUAAGCGCUUUCCUUCGCCCGCCGCACUCCAGCUGGCGCCAUCGCGCACCCUCUCGGGUUCAUCGUUCCCGCCCCGUUUCUACUUCCCCAACCCGCCCUUCCCCCCGUAGGGCUGCGGCAGAAGCAAGAUCUACUUGUGUCGCUGAGCUCGCGCUCCUCCUCCUCCUCCUCGCCAUAGAGACAGCACUCGGCGGCGGUGGUGGUGGCGGUAGCGGCGGCGGCAGCGGGUGCCCCAUAGACACCUCUCACCCAGCAAGGGGGAAAGGGGAGCCGGAGCUGCGCUGCGCCGUGCUGCGCCGUCGCUUUUCGCACGUCCUGGUGGGGGCGCUAGAUGAUGACGCGGACACGCAGAGGGGGCGGGGCGCGCGGGAAGAGGGCGGAGCACAACCCGGGCAGCGCAAGCCGGGUUUGCUUAGAGACGACGCGGUCCCCCCAGCGCUUGGGCCACGGGCGUCCAAGCCCGCUCCUCUGUGGCUGGAGAACGGCCGGGCCGAGCAGCUGAGAGAAGCAGGCCAGAACCUUCUAGGGCCUCGGGCCCGGGGACCCGAGGAGGAUGAGCUGGCUCUUUCCCCUGAGCAAGAGUGCCUCCUCCUCCGCAGCUGGGUCCCCCGGUGGCCUCACCAGCCUCCAGCAGCAGAAGCAGCGCCUGAUCGAGUCCCUCCGGAACUCACACUCCAGGUGACUGGUUACUGCCUCUUCCGACUGAAGGAAGAAGUAGGGCGGGAGGGCGGGCUGGUCCCAACCACCCUCACAGCUCGUCAGGUCAGCUGCCUGCCCGCUGCCUCUGUGUCACAACUCACAGAUAUGAAUGAACAAGAGGAGAUAUUACUAGAACAGUUUCUGACUUUGCCUCAAUUAAAAAAAAUUAUUACUGACAAAGAUGACUUAGUAAAAAGUAUCGAGGAACUAGCAAGAAAAAAUCUCCUUUUGGAGCCCAGCUUGGAAGCCAAAAGGCAAACCGUUUUAGAUAAGUAUGAAUUACUUACACAAAUGAAGUCUGCUUUCGAAAAGAAGAUGCAGAGGCAGCAUGAACUUAGUGAGAGCUGUAGUGCCAGUGCCCUACAGGCAAGAUUGAAAGUAGCUGCACAUGAAGCUGAGGAAGAAUCUGAUAAUAUUGCUGAAGAUUUCUUGGAGGGAAAAACUGAAAUAGAUGAUUUUCUCAGUAGCUUCAUGGAAAAGAGAACAAUUUGCCACUGUAGAAGAGCCAAGGAAGAGAAACUUCAGCAGGCAAUAGCAAUGCACAGCCAAUUCCAUGCUCCACUAUAGAUUUUCCUGGAAACAUGAACUGCCAAGAGAGGAAGGAAUGGGACACAAAACUAGACAAAUUGUUUUAUAUUUAUGAUUUACAAAUUGGCAUUUCAUCACAGUGGCUAAAAUCACAGAUAUACUAUAUAGAUUGUAUACAGAACUGAGACUGAUUUUUUACAGAUUAGAAUGAGUGCUAUGAUCUUUGCUUUAAGGAAUUUUUCUGCACUAUUUGCACUAAAAAAUGUUUAUUUAUUGAUAAAUCCUAUCAUAUUUAAGUUCCACUGCUGUUCCUCUUAUUAUUAAAUAACUAUGCAUGUAAUUUUAGCUAGUUUUCAAUAUUUUAUAAAACUUCAUCUAAAUUUGUA